GUCCCCCCUCCUGUACGGACCGUCCCUUCAUCUUCCUCUUUCUUUCUCUUUCUCAUUCGCCCUCUCGCUUCCGUAAUCCCGCGACGUGUCCUGUCUCCUGUCUCCCGAGUCCCUCCCUCUCGCUCCUGGAACGAUGACCAGCCGCCGCGUCCUCCUCCUCCUCCUCCUCCUCCUCGUCCUCGCCUCCAUCUCCGCCGUCCGCUGCCGCUCCGUCCGGCUCUCCGAUCAGGUCUCCGACGGCCUCGGCAAGCCGCUCCGCCGCGGGUCCCCGCUCCUUCUCCCGUCCUGGGCCGCCUCGUCCGACACCUGCGAUGAGACCUACGGCUUCUUGCCCUGCACGACCAAUUGGAUCGGCAACUUGUUCCUGAUUCUGGUCUACGGCUACCUGAUGUACACGGCCGCGACGUGUCUCUCGGGCGGCAGCGAGAUGUUGCUGGAGAUUCUGGGGCCGGGGAUCAUCGGUGGGCUCGUGUUGCCGAUCCUCGGGGCGUUGCCCGACGCCUUGCUCAUUCUCGUAUCUGGACUGUCUGGAAGCACAGAAACUGCACAAAGUCAAGUCUCCGUUGGAAUGGGCUUGCUCGCGGGUUCAACUGUGAUGCUUCUAACUGUCAUAUGGGGUUCAUGUGUUCUUGUUGGCAAGUGUGACCUGCAUGAUUCAACUGCAGUGGAUAAACUGGAUACAAAAGGGUUUAGUUUGACAGGUUCUGGUAUUACCAUUGAUGACUUAACAAGAAGGGCAGCAUGGAUCAUGGUUAUCUCAGUUAUUCCAUUCCUUGUUAUUCAACUUCUUCAACUUCUCAAUUCAACAUCAGGAAGGCAUGUGGCAGUCUUGAUAGCACUGAUUUUGUCUGUGGUUCUACUUAUCUCUUACUGCCUAUAUCAGGUGUUCCAGCCUUGGAUCCUAAAGAGAAGACUUGAAUAUUGGCAGCGGCGGAGUGCUUUAUUUUUAUUCUUAAGACAUGUAAAAAGGCAUGCCCCAGCCCUAGCAAGGCUUACGGAGGAUGGUGAAGUCAACACAGAAAUUGUGGAUCAGCUAUUUGAAACCAUUGAUACGGAUGAUGAUAAAAAACUUACUUGUAGCGAACUACAAGCAUUCGCAGUAGGAAUCCGUUUUGAAGAGAUAGAUCUGGAAGAGAGUGAUGCUGUAGAUAAAAUCAUGGCAGCAUUUGAUACCUCUGGUGAUAAUUGUAUUUCGCAGGAUGAGUUCAGAAAGGGUAUCAAAAAAUGGCUAGAUGAGGCGGUACGUGCAGGGAAAGGUUUCGGUCUCGGAAGGUUUAACACAACGAAGAUUAUUGAUGUCGCUGACCAUCGAGCAAAAACAGAGCGCGAGCAAUUGUUAGCGGGGGGACAAGGUGAUGAGGUGGUUAAGGUUGUUGAAAAUGCUAAAAUGACCUCCUUAAAAGCAGUGGGGUUGUUAAUUCUUGGAACGGUCAUAGCAGCAGCGUUUGCUGAUCCCUUGGUAGAUGCGGUCGACAAUUUCUCAGACGCCACUGGUAUCCCCACUUUCUUCAUUUCGUUUAUUGCACUGCCUUUGGCUACCAACUCCAGUGAAGCAGUGUCGGCAAUAAUCUUUGCUAGUCGUAAAAAGCAGGAGACAGCAUCACUGACAUUCUCUGAGUUAUAUGGGGCAGUGACCAUGAACAAUUUGCUUUGCUUAGCAGUCUUCUUGGCUCUUGUCUACAUCAGAGGACUAACAUGGGACUUCACAUCAGAAGUGAUUGUUAUUCUUAUUGUUUGCAUUGUGAUGGGAAUAUUUGCCAGCUUCCGCACCACCUUUCCUCUGUGGACAGUGUCAGUAGCCUUCAUACUUUAUCCAUUCUCCUUGGCGUUGGUGUACGUACUAGACUAUGUCGUGGGUUGGUCGUAGAUUUGUUCUCAGGGUACCUCAUGGGGUUGCCACAGCCUUCUGUCAUAUUCCCUAUUUGACUCUAUUAUGUUCAUCUUUUGGAGUAAGAUUGCAUCCAGAUUUAUUCCGUAGCUGUAGUAAUAUGAGAAGCAGUGUUUUGUGGUGAAAGGAUUAAGAAUUUUGCCAUGGUGCUGAGAUGUGGAAUGAAACAUUCUGUUUGCGGAAUUACAUUGUGAUGCUGCCUCUUCU